AUGACUCAAGAAGUGAAGAAAGGAUCACCAGCCAUAUACGGUAAAGUCACUCCUCCAGCUAUGGAAAAAGGUAAAGUUACGUAUUGUACAGAUUUGGACAAAUCGGUGAUAAGGGCUAGUUGCGAGCGUCGUGGUUGGACCCAAGUGGGCAUUGAUGACGAGUGGAAUUUUUAUUGGUCUUAUACACAAAACUGUCGAAAUCUUUUCAGUAUAGAAAGUGGCUAUCGAAUGAAUGACAACCAGCUAAUAAAUCACUUUCCCAACCAUUAUGAACUGUCCCGUAAAGAUUUAUUAGUCAAAAAUAUCAAAAGAUACAGAAGAGAGCUUGAGAGGGAUGGAAACCCAUUGGCUGAGAAAGCAGAUGUUGUUUUACCAAAUGGACAAAUCGGCACACGCUAUAUACAUUUGGAUUUUAUACCAGUUACAUACGUGCUCCCAGCUGACUAUAAUAUGUUUGUGGAAGAGUACAGAAAGUCACCACAGAGUACAUGGAUUAUGAAACCGUGUGGAAAAUCACAGGGUGCGGGCAUAUUUUUAAUAAAUAAAUUAUCGAAGGUAAAAAAGUGGUCUCGCGAUGCAAAAACUGCUUUUCAUCCUCAAUUAAGCAAUAAAGAAAGUUACGUAAUAUCACGUUACAUCGACAACCCACUCCUAAUUGGGGGCAAAAAGUUUGAUCUACGCUUGUAUGUGCUGGUUACAUCAUAUCGUCCUUUGAAAGCUUAUUUAUUUCAACAUGGUUUUUGUAGGUUUUGUACAGUAAAGUAUGAUACAAGUGUCGCUGAACUGGAUAAUAUGUACGUCCAUUUGACCAAUGUAAGCGUACAGAAACAUGGAGGAGAUUAUAAUAGUUUACAUGGCGGAAAAAUGAGUAUACAAAAUUUCCGUCUAUACUUAGAAGGUACCAAAGGGCGAUCCGUAACCGAUAAACUAUUUGCAGAAGUGCAAUGGCUCAUCGUUCAUUCUUUAAAAGCCGUGGCACCAGUAAUCGCCAAUGACCGUCAUUGCUUUGAGUGUUAUGGCUACGAUAUUAUCAUAGACAAUAACCUGAAACCUUGGUUAGUGGAAGUGAAUGCAUCUCCGUCACUUCAGUCCACGACUCAUAACGAUAGAAUAUUAAAGUACAAACUAAUCGAUAACAUAGUGUCUAUAGUCUUACCACCAGAUGGAAUACCAGAUGCAAGGUGGAAUAAAAUUCCAAACGAAGAAGCGCUCGGCGACUUCGAUAUUUUAAUCGACGAAGAAUUAAUAGACAGGGAGGAUACAAACUCCCGUUACAAUAAAUUACAUCGUGCUAAAACAUGA